UCAAAGCUCUCCCAUUUCAUUCAAUGCUCUUAUUUCUUUAUUCAUAUUUGACUUUCCAAGUUUUCACUUUUUUAUAAAACUUCACUCAUCUUAUAUCUAGUUUGAAUCUCUUUCAAUUCAUAAACACGUACAAUUCAGUCUCUAACCGAGACCUCUUGUCCAAAGAUAACAUAACAUCUUCUAGUUCAAGGUCGAAAUCAUCGAACCAAUCAAGCUCAUCAUAUUCUUGAUUCUUUAGGGUGUUGAUGGAUGCAGCAUCACAUAAACACAUCUCCAUUCAUGAAUUUCUUUUUUCAUUCAAAAACCAGCAGAGCAAUAACAUUAGUGCUACUCAAUUAUCUCCUAUGGGUUCAGUUUCUGAAGGUGGCUUCCCAAUAAUCGGCGUCGCAAUGUUAGGAAUCAUGUCUAUAGGAUUCUUGCUAGUGAGUUAUUAUAUCUUUGUAACAAAAUGCUGCAUCAACUGGCAACAAUUUGACCCUUUAAGGCGCUUUUUCAAUACGCGCCCACGCCAAUAUGAAGACCCUUUAAUGGCCUAUACACCAUCAAGAGAAAGCAGAGGACUUGAUGAAUUGGUGAUAAGAGAAAUUCCAACUUUUCCAUACAGCAGAAACAGAGUUGGUGAAAGAAGUUUUAGGAGAUGUGUGGUUUGUUUGAAUGAAUUUAAAGAAGAUGAAAUGCUUAGACUUUUACCAAAAUGUAGCCAUGCUUUCCAUUUGGAUUGCAUUGACAUUUGGCUUCAAAAUAAUGCUAGUUGUCCUCUUUGCAGAACUAGCAUUUCAGGCACUACAAAUAAACAUCCACUUGAUAUGAUUGUCGCACCAAACUCAUCACCUCAAGAUCCUCAUAUUCCGCUUCUUAGAAGAAGCGGAAUUUUAGAGAGUGAUGAAGAUUUUGUUGUGAUUGAAUUGAGCAGUGAAUUUGGAACAGAGGCGCAAAAUACAAGUAACUCUAUUAGUAGAGAACUGUUGCAACCCCAAUCAAGAAGUCAUAGUCACUCAUCGAGAAAGUUUGAACAGAGGAUUGGUAAGUUAGCCAAACAGCAAACAAGAAAGUUUUCAAUCAUGGGUGAUGAAUGCAUAAAUGUAAGAGAUAAAGAUGCUCAGCUUUCAGUUGAGCCUAUAAGAAGAUCUUUCUCCAUGGAUUCAGCAGCAGACCGACAUGUUUAUUUGUCAGUGCAACAGAUGAUACGCCAUAAUAGGCAGCUGAUCAAUGAGGUGAGACACAAUGGUGAAAGCAGUAGCAGAUCAAUUCGAAAAUCAAUCUUUUCUUUUGGACAUAGAAGAUCCAAGACAUCAGUUUUACCCUUUGAAUAUUAAAAUUUUUAUCUUGAAUCUGUUUUUUGUUUGUCCAUUCUUUGUUGCAAACUUGACAAAUAUUAGCAUGGUUUUAGUGAUAGAAUCAUUUUUUUCUAGUUCGUUAGUUUACAACGAGAACAUGAGCAUUGCACAGACCUAAUUGGAGCUUUGUGGUAUAAUUCUUUGCCUGUUUUACCUUGAGAGAAAAUGUUUUACUAUUUGUACUAGUUAUUUUUCAU